UUUGCGCGAAGUUGGGCAGCGCCCGUCCCGCCCGCCCGCUGCGCGCCGGGGCCGCGGGGGGCGGCGGCAGCCCACGGGGAUGCGCCCGGCCGGCGGCCGCGGGGUCCCCACGGCGCCCCGCGCGCUGCUGGCGCUGCUGGCGCUGCUGGGGCCGCUGCUGGGCGCGCUGGGGGCGCCGGCGGAGCUGCGGGUGCGCGUGCGGCUGCCCGACGGCCAGGUGGCGGAGGAGAGCCUGCAGGCGGACGGCGAGCGCGACAGCAUCAGCCUGGAGCUGCGCAAGCCCGACGGCACCCUCAUCUCCUUCACUGCCGACUUCAAGAAGUACGUGAAGAUCUUCCGGGCCCUGAUCCUGGGGGAGCUGGAGAAGGGUCAGAGCCAGUUCCAGGCCCUCUGCUUUGUGACCAGGCUGCACCACAGUGAGAUCAUCCCCAGCCAGGCCAUGGCCAAGCUUCGGCAGAAAAACCCGCGCACCGUGCGGCAGGCGGAGGAGGUGCGGGGCCUGGAGCACCUGCACAUGGACGCGGCCGUCAACUUCAGCCUGGGGGCCCUGCUGAGCCCCCACCUCCGCAACGUGUGCGCCGAGGCCGCGGACGCCGUGUACACCCGGCAGCAGGACGUCAGGUUCUGGCUGGAGCAAGGGGUGGACAGCUCCCUGUUCAGGACUCUGCCCAAGGACACAGAGCCGCCGCUGCCCCGCUGCGGGCAGGGCGGGGACCGAGCGGCGCCCUGUGUCUGCCACUACAGCCUGAGCCUGGCCUGGUACCCCUGCAUGCUCAAGUACUGCUACAGCCGGGACCGGCCGGCCCCCUACAAGUGCGGCAUCCGCAGCUGCCAGAAGGGCUACAGCUUCGACUUCUCCGUGCCUCAGCAGCAGCUGUGUCUCUGGGCCGAGGACCCCUAGGCGGCGGGGUGGGGGAGCCCACUGCCCCCACCGAGCCUUUGCUCCCCUCCGCUCCCCUCCCCCUCCCGGAGCCUCUGCGCUCCGACUGAAGGGGCUGCACUGCGGGGGGCGCGUGAGGGCAGCUCCCACUGUCUUCCUUCCGGACACGAGGAGAAGGGCUUCUCCCCCUGCACCCUCCCCCCUUCACCAGCCCCCUAGUUCACGCAACCGAAAUGUCAUGGCCUGUGAGUCCAUUUAACUCUCUGAAGGUGUAGACCCUAAACAGUGUCUUUGCCUGUUACACCCACCUCCUCACACAGAACCCCCAGCCACCUGGAAGGGGCGAGGGCUCAUUGCCGCGGGGGUGCUGCUGGGCCUGAUGCUGGAGCCCAGACACAGCGAGGCCUUGGGUCUGGGGCCUCGCAGCCCA